UCCGAAAGGCACGCCAUCUUUAAACCCCAGAAGGAGCCUCUGUUCUGCGCAUCUGCGCCGGGAUAAAGAUUCAAUAUAGUCUGCGUUGUGGUGUAUUUUUUGCCUUUAUUUUGCAGUGGUGGACGGUUUAACGCACCAACUGUCCACUGUGUAUAGUCGCGGAGAGCGUUUUAGACAAGGAGAACUUGUAGUUUUGUUCACUGCCUGACUGACAUCGACAAUUUAUUGGUGAAAAACAACGGCAGAGGCGUUGUUGUUAGCCAGCCAGCUAGCUAGCUGCUAGCCCUCUGUUGUUGCCAUUAAGAUUCAGGGAGCGUUGUUCAAAAGGCGUAUUAUACCGUCUUUGUUGCCAUUUGUGCUGCUUCAUUCGGACUCGACUGCGUGGCUGCAGUAGGUCCCGACUUCUCCCCCCUCCCCUACGGCGGCCUAGCCGGAGAUGAGUGGAAGAUGUCCGUUUCGGGACUGAAGGCCGAGCUGAAGUUUUUGGAGUCCAUUUUUGACCCAAAUCAUGAACGAUUUCGAAUUAUUGACUGGAAGCCGGAUGAGCUGAGCUGCCAGUUCAACGUAACAGGGGAAAAACUGCUGAUAAUUCACUGCAACAUCACGGAGUCGUACCCCUCCACCCCUCCCAUAUGGUUUGUGGACUCCGAUGACCCGAGCCUGACCCAGGUGCUUGAGCGUCUGGAGGAUGUUCGCAAGGGCAGCACGCUGCUUCUGCAGCAGCUGAAGAGGCUGAUAUGUGACCUGUGUCGCCUCUACAACCUGCCGCAGCAUCCGGAUGUGGAGAUGCUGGACCAGCCCCUUCCAGCCGGCCCCGUCAACCAGGAACGCAAGCAUAACACCACGGAUGAGGUCACCUCAGAGGAAGAGGAGGAGGAAGAGAUGGGAGAGGACAUCGAGGACCUGGACCACUAUGAUAUGAAGGAAGAGGAGCCGGUGGAUGGCAAGAAGUCCGAGGAUGACGGCAUUGAGAAGGAGAACUUGGCCAUCCUGGAGAAGAUCCGCAAGAACCAGAGGCAGGAUCACUUGAAUGUAAGUGCGCAUUCGGGUGCGGUGUCUGGUUCAGUGCAGGCUUCUGAUAGGCUGAUGAAGGAGCUGAGAGAGAUCUACAGGUCUCAGAGUUACAAGACAGGAAUCUACUCAGUGGAGCUGGUCAACGACAGCCUGUAUGAGUGGCACGUCAAACUCAGAACGGUAGACCCGGACAGCCCUCUCCACAGUGAUCUGCAGGUCCUGAAGGAGAAGGAGGGCAUGGACUACAUCCUGCUCAACUUUUCAUACAAAGAUAACUUUCCUUUUGAUCCUCCGUUCGUGAGGGUGGUGUCCCCAGUCCUGUCUGGAGGCUAUGUCCUUGGAGGAGGUGCCCUGUGCAUGGAACUUCUAACCAAACAGGGUUGGAGCAGUGCCUAUUCUAUUGAGUCUGUCAUCAUGCAGAUCAACGCCACUUUAGUCAAAGGAAAAGCCAGAGUGCAGUUUGGAGCCAACAAGAACCAAUACAAUCUUGCCAGAGCACAGCAGUCAUACAAAUCCCUCGUGCAGAUCCACGAAAAGAAUGGCUGGUACACACCCCCUAAAGAGGAUGGAUAGGAUGGCGCUCGUGGUUGGUGAAUGAGAGCUGGGGCCGAGCGGUGUGUGUGAGCGUGUGUGUGUGUGUGUGAGCUGCGUGCUGCGUGCGUGUGUGAGUGAGUGUUCAGGUCAAUGCUUCUCCCCCAUUCUGAUUUUAUUCUUCAUUAUUUUGUCGACUGGAGCUCUUUCUACCUAUCUGUCUCAGAGGAGGUUGCCCCCUACCCAAACCUUCCUCCCCAUCUCCCCUUGCCACUUGCCCUUCACCCCCCCUCUCGGACUGUGUAAGUGGGGGUUGCG